GUUUAAUCUUUUUGUUUCCAAAACUAGAUCUUAUUUUCGUUAUUUAGCCUUAUAAAAAUUAGAUAACUAUAUUUGUUUUGAUUUAUUCGAUCUGUGUAAUUUCAACCGUGACUGGAGAAGAUCACAAAAUUCUGGGGAGACAACGCGUUUAUCAUUUCUUUUUGUUCGGUUGUGAAUGGAAAGAUAAUCGGGCUGGAAUAUGGAAAGGUUAAAUUUCCAUUUCUGUGAAAGAAGAUGUUGUAUUUGAAGCAGCCGAGUUCAAUAAUUUGCAGGAGCGAUUGUUGUUGGGAAAGAAUAAGGUAAUUCGGGAAUAAGUUAUGGAAAUUUCUUUCAAAGGAAACAAAGAAUAAAUAAUUUCCUCCUUAGUGCAUGCUAUUUUGAUAAAUUCCCUGAGCCCGGUGCUCGGGGAGAUCUGAAGCCAGAAAUUGACAAACGGAGAACAGAGAAGCUUAUCAUGGAAUCAUCCGCAGCAGGAAAUAGUUAUGGUAUUGGUAAUGAGAGCUCCUUCCAAUUUCAAACCUCUAUCUACAUGCAGAAAUUCAGACUCUAUGAAACUCUAUCGAACUUUUAUAUGAUUGGGAGGAAUAAGCGUAGAACAUAUUGGAGAGUAUUAAAAAUUGACCGACUGGAUCCUUCCAAGCUAAACAUUAGUGAAGAUUCUACCACUUACACCGAGAGUGAAUGUUCUGAGUUACUCAGGCGAAUACAUGAAGGAAAUUUAUCCACCGGUGGAUUGAAAUUCGUUACCACUUGUUAUGGAAUUGUUGGAUUUAUUAAAUUUUUGGGACCUUACUAUAUGCUGCUCAUUACAAAACGAAGACAGAUUGGUGCAAUUUGUGGUCACAAUGUAUAUGCAGUUUCAAAGAGUGAGAUGAUUCCCCUCCCUAAUUCAACUGUUAACUCGAGCAUUAAUGAAAAAGAUGAGAUCAGAUACAAGAAGCUCCUGUGUUCAGUGGAUCUUACAAAGGACUUCUUCUUUAGCUAUUCAUACCAUGUUAUGUGUAGUCUUCAAAAGAACUUGUGUACCAAUAAACCAGAUCAAGUUCUUUAUGAGACCAUGUUUGUUUGGAACGAGUUCCUGACUCGAGGGAUCCGCAACCACCUCCAGAAUACUCUAUGGACAGUUGCAUUGGUGUAUGGUUUUUUUAAGCAGGCCACACUUUCUGUAUCUGGACGGGUUUUGAAAGUUAUACUCAUUGCAAGGCGAUCUCGACACUAUGCAGGUACCAGGUAUUUGAAACGAGGAGUAAAUGAAAAAGGCAGAGUAGCUAAUGAUGUUGAGACGGAGCAGAUUGUCCUUGAGGAUUUCUCUGAUGGGCUUCCCACACCAAUAACUUCCAUCGUCCAGAAUAGAGGAUCAAUCCCACUCUUUUGGUCACAAGAAACAUCACGAUUGAAUAUUAAACCGGAUAUUAUAUUGUCAAAGAAGGACCAAAAUUAUGAAGCAACCAGACUUCAUUUUGAAAACCUUGUUGAGAGAUACGGCAAUCCUAUAAUUAUUUUGAAUUUGAUCAAGACACAAGGAAAGAAGCCUCGAGAGUCAAUUCUUCGUCAAGAGUUUGCACAUGUGAUUGAUUUUAUCAAUAAAGAUUUGUCGGAAGAGACUUGUUUGAGGUUCCUUCAUUGGGAUCUACACAAACAUUUUCAGAGCCAAUCGACAAAUGUUUUGCUACUUUUGGGCAAAGUGGCUGCAUAUGCAUUAACACUAACAGGUUUCUUUUAUUGUCGGGUGACAUUAACCGUGAGACCUGACGAGUCUAUUGCUUGGCCUUCCUCUGACAGGGAUAUUGAUGAUGCUGAUGUGUCACCUCCAAAAUAUUGCAACAAUGUUAAUGAGGUUGCUUACAGAUUGGAGGGGAAUUAUUUUGCUGAUGAUAAUUUUGCUAAUGGAAAUCAUUCCGUCAAGCCUCCCACAAUCCAAAGAGGUGUGCUUAGGACCAAUUGUAUAGACUGUCUGGAUCGCACUAAUGUUGCACAGUAUGCAUAUGGAUUGGCUGCUCUUGGAUACCAGCUUCAUACUUUAGGGAUUAAAGAUACCCCGAAGAUAGAUCUUGAUGACCCUUUGGCAGGUGAAUUAAUGGGUUUUUAUGAGAGAAUGGGCGACACACUUGCACACCAAUAUGGUGGUUCUGCAGCUCACAAUAAGAUAUUCUCCGAGAGACGGGGUCAGUGGAGAGCAGCAACCCAGUCCCAGGAGUUCUUUAGAACUCUUCAACGAUAUUAUAGCAAUGCAUAUAUGGAUGCAGAGAAACAAGAUGCGAUUAAUCUAUUCCUCGGGAAUUUUCUGCCCCAGCCUGGAAUGCCUGCACUUUGGGAAUUGGCUUCAAAUCAGCGAUAUUGGUUAAUUUUUCCAAGAUCCCUUUCUGAUGGUAGCAUUCUUCGUCAAAGUGAGUCGCCUAUGUCAGCCAGAAAUGACAAGCAAGGGAAACUUAAGGACUCAACUAUGCUUAACCGGUCACAAGGAGCAAGUAAUGGCCAUUCAGAGUCAUCACCUGAGAUUUCAUCUUGUGAAAGAGAUAUAUCAUACUCAAGGUAUACACCCUUAAUGCCCCAAAGGAAGCUGUUUGGACAUGUGAAAAUGGACCGCCGUCUUGGAUCUGAUCAAAUUUUCUUCUCUGAACAAGGGGAUAGAUUCAACUGUUCUAACUUUGUUGACCUAGACUGGCUUUCUUCCUCUGGAAACUCAUGUGAGGAUGAACAAUUUGAGAGGUCACAAGUCCUUGCAGGAUCCCCGGCUGUCGGGCGUUCAUCUGAAAAUGUUGCCGAUGGAAUAUUGGGCGAAACAACCCCAUCCUCUUGUGAAUGUGGAUCGAAUAUUAAGGGAACACAGCAGACAGGAUCCGGGAUAUCCUUUGCUUAUUCGCCGGACUCCAAUAUCCGUGAGCAAUUCUCCGAUAGUUUUGUGCAGUGGAUAAACAACGGACAGACACUUUGCCAUUAAAGUUUUAUUCGUUUCCGGGGAGAAGUGAAACCAGCUGUUUGGGUACUCGGUAGGUAAGAUAUCCAUCCUCAAGCACUCGUUUUGGUCAGUCAUGUAUGUCUAAGGCAUUAAUUCCUACCAAAACAGAGUACAUAGUCAUCAGUUAAAA